UGGCUGAUUACCCAGCAGGCAUUCUGUUAUCCCCCAUCCCCAUCCAGCUGCGGAGGGCAUUGUGGAAACCUCACGUCCAACAAGAUGAGUCCAACUUUGGCUCUGUUGCUCUUCAGCCAAGCGGCUUUAUAUACAAUCGCAACAUCAGCGAAAGUUUGUGGCCGGCCUCCUGUCACUGAUGGGAUUGAUAUUUCAACCCUUAAACGUGUGUUUGAGGUGGGAGAAGAAUUGACCCUCACAUGUGAGCAAGGGUACUUGGCUUCAAGAGCAACAUCUUCCAGAAUAACCUGCACUGCAACUGGAGGGUGGACACAGUCAACCCUGGCAUGUUCCCCCAAGAUGUGCACAGUUCCCAGAGCUCUGCAGCCGUUUGCAAUGGGGAGGACAGAGGCUCCAUUCAAGAGUGUGCUCAACUACACAUGCGACGACGGAUAUGUCAUGCAAGGGUCUAAUGAGAGCCUAUGUUUACAUGAUGGUACUUGGAGCCAUCCACCACCUCUCUGUAAAGCUGUCAACUGUGCUUUGCCAAGGCCACUAAGAGAUGGUAGAAUUGUCCACGAUAAGCCCGUCACAGGCACCACGAUCAUGUAUGGCCAAGGCUGGACGUAUGAGUGUAAUCCACCUAAAGCACCAAGUUAUGAGAGAGGAAGCUGCAAAGCUGAUGGAAGUGCGACUGAACCACCGGUUUGUCAAGAGGUGAGCUGUGCCAUCCCGACCAACAUUCCCAACGGCAUCAUCACAUUUGCUGUGAUGAGACAGCAUGGCUACAAGGAGAAGGUGAGGUACGCCUGCAAUGAGCACUAUACACUGGAAGGCCAGGCUGAGAUACAGUGCCAAAACACAGGGAACUGGUCGUCAAAGCCCGUCUGCAGGGCUCCCUGCACAGUCGGCAUAAAAAGAGGUCGAGUGUUCUACAACGGUAAGAAGUACUGGAUUUCAGACCUGAAACCAAACAGAGUCCUCCACAAAGAGCCCGUUGUCUUCUAUUGUAAGAAUAAGGUUGAGAAGUGCGGCUACCCUGUGGCCAGCGUCUGCAAUGACGGAACACUCCCGAUCCCAGCAUGCUUUGAGGAACCAGGCAAAGUAGAGUACAACUUAAGGUCAAAAAACCUUCCAUCUGAAAUCAGAGCGUGUGCUGGUGGUCCCCCUGCAGGCCCGGCAAACUCUACAACACCUGCAUGACUUCUUACAGAAUGAGUUAAUGUGCUAAAACAGGGAUUAUCAUGUUUAUUCUGUCAUUUUGAACUGAUGGUGGAAAAAUGUGCUUGAUAAUUACAAUAAAAUGAUGAAAGUA